AUGGGCUGCAAUCUGUGCACUUUUCAGAAGAGAGAGGAGCACUACAAACUGCUCUAUGAAGUUUCACAGGUCAAUGGGAAGGACCUCUCCAAGGCCACUCAUGAAGAAGCAGUGGAAGCUUUUCGCAAUGCCAAGGAGCCAAUUGUAGUUCAGGUUUUACGACGAGCUCCAAUUAGCAAAGCUCAUGGUAGCUCUCAGGAUGUUCGGCUUGUGGAUGCCAGCACUCAGACUGACAUCACUUUUGAGCACAUUAUGGCUCUGGCCAAACUAAGGCCUUCCACACCGCCAGUUCCUGAUAUCUGCCCUUUUCUGCUUUCAGACAGCUGCCAUUCUCUUCACCCAGUGGAGCAUGAAUUUUAUGAAGGUAAUGAGUAUCUUUCCAGCCUGCCUGCUGAUGCAGAUAGAGCAGAGGACUUUGAGUAUGAGGAGGUGGAGCUGUGCCGGAUUAACAGCCAGGAGAAGCUGGGGCUCACUGUCUGUUACAGAACCGAUGAUGAGGAGGACACAGGGAUCUAUGUCAGCGAGGUUGAUCCAAACAGCAUUGCUGCCAGAGAUGGCCGGAUCCGUGAAGGAGACCGCAUUUUGCAAAUAAAUGGCCAAGAUGUCCAGAAUCGGGAAGAAGCAGUGGCAUUGCUCUCCAGUGAAGAAUGCAAGAAAAUUGUGUUGCUGGUCGCGAGACCGGAGAUGCAGCUGGAGGAAGGGUGGCUGGAUGAUGAGAGAAAUGAAUUCUUAGAGGAGUUAAACUUGGAUAUGUUGGAGGAGCAGCAUAAUGAAGUGAUGCAGUACACAGCCAACGAGGUGGAGCAGCCAAAGAAACAUGAAGAGGAGGAUGGUACUACAGACACUGCAACAUCAUCAUCCAACAAUCAUGAGAAGGACAGUGGGGUGGGACCUACAGAUGAAAGUCUGCGUAAUGAUGAGAGCUCAGAGCAAGAAAAUGCACCUGAGGAGCAGAACAGCAUUACCCUGCAGAGCAAACGAGAGCUGGGCCACAGCCAAGAUACGUUAGGAAGUGUUGAGCUCCAGUGCAAUGAAAGCUUUGUGUCUGGGGAAUACAUUGAAUCUGAUUUCAUAGGAAACCCAGAGGAGGAAUGUGAAAGGUUUCGACAGCUGUUGGAACUGAAGUGCAAGAUUCGAAACCACGGGGAGUAUGACCUGUAUUACUCGAGCAGCAUGAUAGAGUGCAACAGAAGAGAGCAAGAUGGAGUGGAGCAUGAGCUGCAGCUACUCAAUGAGGAACUGAGGAACAUAGAACUCGAAUGUCAGAAUAUUAUGCAAGCUCACCGGCUCCAAAAGGUGAGGGAUCAGUAUGGAGACAUUUGGGCUUUACAUGACGAAGGCUUCAGGAAUUAUAACACCAGCAUAGAUGUACAAAGAGGCAAACUGGAUGACAUCAUGGAGCACCCUGAGAAGUCUGACAAGGACAGCUCCAGCGCCUACAACACAGCUGAAAGUUGCAGGAGCACUCCGCUUACAGUGGAGCGAUCCCCCGAUAAUUCUCUCCAGAGGUUGAUCAGCAUAACCAACAGGAAAAACCUGAGGAGCACAAUUGUGGCUAAUCAGUCAUCCUCAGGACAAAGCAACAGGGAGGCAACCUCAGCCAAAACCAAACCCACUGAGCAAAACAGUGCUGCUGAGAAUGCAGUGCUGGCAUCAGAAAGCAGCAAAUUCACAGAGCAGGAAAAGCAGAGCAGCGAGCACAUUCCCUACCUGUCUCCAUAUCACAGCUCUUCUUACAGGUAUGGGAAUAUACCUGCUCAUGCAAAGCACUAUCAAAGCUAUAUGCAACUGAUCCAGCAGAAGUCUGCUGUGGAGUACGCCCAAAGCCAGCUCAGCCUGGUGAGUAUGUGCAAAGACUCGCAGAAGUGUGCGGAGCCCAAGAUGGAAUGGAAAGUGAAAAUAAGGAGUGAUGGGACGAGGUACAUCACAAAGAGACCAGUUCGGGACAGAAUCCUGAAGGAACGUGCCUUAAAAAUUAAAGAGGAGCGCAGUGGGAUGACGACAGAUGAUGAUACGAUGAGUGAGAUGAAGAUGGGUCGCUACUGGAGCAAAGAAGAGCGGAAGCAGCAUUUGGUGCGAGCUAAGGAGCAGAGGAGGCGGCGGGAGUUCAUGAUGAGGAGCAGGCUGGAGUGUCUUAAGGAAAGUCCGCAAAGUGGCAGCGAGGGCAAAAAGGAAAUUAACAUUAUUGAACUGAGUCACAAAAAGAUGAUGAAAAAGAGAAACAAGAAAAUCUUGGACAACUGGAUGACAAUCCAAGAACUGAUGACACAUGGUGCUAAAUCUCCAGAUGGCACAAGAGUGCACAAUGCCUUCUUAUCAGUUACUACUGUAUGAACGCAACUUCUUUCAGAGAGUAUACUACCAGUUUAGGUAGAGUACGAUUGCCUCGUUCAAUGUGGCAUUUUUAUAUAUUUUGUGACUGUUUAUAGUUUGACCUUUUUUGUAAGCAAAAUUACCUGGUAAUUUUUCAUUCGUUUUUCAUAUAACGGUACCUUCUUUAUCUGGCAGUCUUUCUUUAUCCUGCAAUAUAUUCAUAUUAUUCAUUUGUAGAAAAAAAAAAAGAAAAAGAAAAGCAAAACAAAAAAAGUGGAAAAGCCAAUUAAUUUCUUAACCUAAUACAUAUCCUGUAAGUUAAGAUCUGGAUUUAUUUCUCUAGUUUUCUUUUUUUCUACUUUAGUAACAAUACAAUACCAAAAGAAAAUGCUUUAUACUGUAUCCUUGGCUUAACAAGUUUUAAAGUUUUACAUCUUAGAUUGCAUCUGUUUAUAAAUCAUAUGCCACAUCCCAUCGUAUAGAUAAGAAUGACAUUUUCCAACUACACAUUGU